CACAGCUUGACGUUUACAAACAUAACCUAAAUUUAAUUCGACGUUUGUAAUUUGUGAUUGUUGAAUAUUAUAAUUUUUCGUGUUUUUGUACACAUUCUCAUGAUUUAUUAAUGCAUGAUUUGUCAUUUAAUUAGUAAUUUGAUUGUGCAGCAUGGCACCGAUAGUGAGAAAAUCGCGGGCAGACACAGAUACCGGUUCUGAUUCGGACAGUGGGUCCAGUGCCAGCCGCAGUAAGAGUCCCAGCCCAGCACCCUCUGGUAAAGAGGGCAGUCAGUCUAGAUCAGUGUCUCGCAGUCCGGCUAAGUCAGGCAGCGAAUCUCCUAAAUCAACCCGAUCCAGAAAAUCCUCCAAUGCUUCUAAUGUAUCCCGCAGUAGGUCUAAUUCACCCGCUGCUUCAAACAGAUCCGCUUCAUCCAGUCCUAAAUCCCAAGCCUCGGGUAGCCCAAAGCGCAGAACCUCGAAGUCAAGGUCCAGAAGUGGCUCAAGGAGGUCCCGUUCUGGAUCUGCUAGUGGCAGGUCGCGCUCUGGCAGUGCCAAGUCACGAUCAGCGAGUCCUAAAUCAAGAGAUCAAUCACCAAAGUCUGGUUCACAGUCACCCAAAUCGAGGUCCCAAAGUCCUAAAUCGAGAUCGCAAAGCCCUAAAUCACGGUCACAGAGUCCUAAAUCGAGGUCCCAAAGUCCUAGAUCUAGGUCGCACAGUCCAAAAUCUGGUGAAGCUAAAAGGAGGUCUAGGUCUAAAUCAGCCAGCGCUAGUCCUAAGAACAGAAAGUCCCGGUCUAGAUCUGGGAGUGCUUCAUCAAGAUCUAAGAGUCCUGUUGCAAGGCAGGAUGUUCAAGACAGCAGGUCUAAUUCUCCGAACCUCAUGAUUGAUGACAACCAAGACAAGAACGAAUCUAAGAGUCGUUCAAGGUCUGGUUCAAGACAGUCCAGGUCAAAAUCGCGCAGCAAGUCCAAAAGUCGUUCCAGAUCACGAUCAAAGAGCUCUAAUGUGUCUGAAGGUGACAAGAAAAAGCGCUCUGUACUAUCAGAUUCAGAGAGCGAUGUUGGCGAUAAAGGUGGUUCGAAGCGCAAGAAGGGUUCGGACAGCGGCUCAGACACGAGCAACAAACCCAAAAAGAAGUCAAAGAAACUCGUAGACUCUGACGAUGAUGAGAACCAGGAGAAGGGAGAUACUGUUACGGCGGAUGCACUCUUCGGAGAUGCUUCGGACAUCAGCACAGAGGACGAGGGAAGCGACAAGCGCGCCUCCCGGUCUCGCUCGCGGUCGCGCAGCGCCGCGCGAUCCGACGAUGGACGCCGUUCGCCUGACGAACGGAAGGGCAGCGGGGAUGAGGAGCCGCGUGAAAAGCCCGAAGAAGAAGAAGAAGUGGAAAUUCCGGAGACUCGUAUCGACGUCGACAUGCCCAAGAUCUGGACCGAGCUAGGCAAGGAGUUGCAUUUCGUGAAGCUGCCCAACUUCUUGUCUGUAGAGACCAGGCCUUACGACCCGAACACUUACGAAGAUGAGAUUGAUGAAGAAGAAACUUUGGAUGAAGAGGGUCGGGCUAGGUUAAAGUUGAAAGUAGAAAACACCAUUCGAUGGCGCACAGCGUUUGACAAAGAAGGCAACGCGAUCAAGGAGUCGAACGCGCGGAUGGUGAAAUGGUCCGAUGGUAGCAUGUCGCUGCACCUCGGCUCCGAGAUAUUCGACGUUUACAAACAGCCUUUGCACGGGGACCACAACCACCUGUUCGUGCGUCAAGGCACAGGUCUCCAAGGGCAAGCUGUGUUCCGAACGAAGCUGUCGUUCCGUCCACACUCGACCGAGUCGUUCACUCACCGCAAGAUGACGCUGUCGCUCGCUGACCGGUCCACGAAGACCUCCGCUAUCAAGAUCCUGUCGCAGGUCGGCACGGAUCCUGAUGCGGAUAGGAAGUACCAGCUCAAGAAAGAGGAGAUGGAGUUGCGUGCGGCGAUGCGGUCGCGCGUGUCCGCUCGACCCAAGCGACGCGCCGGCGCACGCGCGGCGCAGCGAGGCGACGACUCCGAAGACGAGGGCGGCGUCUCGCUGCAGGCCAUCAAGAACAAGUACAAGCAAGGACAGAAAGCGUCAGCGGGUGCAGCCAUAUACUCGUCAGAAUCGGACGCGUCUGACGUCGAAACGCGUCGUGCGCGGCGUCAGGACCGCGCUAAAGCGCUCAAGGAUUCUGACGACGAAGGCAGCGAUGACAAAGCAGGAGGCGAGGCCACGCCCGCCCGCAGCGGGAGUGCCAGCGGGAGCGGAAGCGGAAGCGGGAGCGAUUGAGAUACUUUUUUGUGAAUUGCCUUCAACAGAAUACCCGGGUCAAUAUGUAUUUGUAGGCUUCGAGUGUUGCAAGUAGUCGUGUAACGGUCUAUAAAAGUUAUGCCUUAUUUUUCAUCUUUCGAAUAUUAUAUCAGAGUAUCUUCAGGCCAAAAUAACGUCCGGGACCUUGUUCUCUAUGCCACAAUGUAUCUUGACGGUACACUACAGACACGUAACGCAACGUGUCGCGCUUAAGACAAUAAAAUACUAUUCCACGUUAAUUUCACAAAGAUAUCGUAACACGGCUGUGUUAUGAGAUUACACUGUCAGAGAAUAAGAUCCCUGUAAACCAUAAUCCUGCCCUAAUUUUGGAGACACUUUUGUUCAGGUCUCUUGAUUAAGUAAGGUAAGCUUCACACCUUAAAAUAUUUUGCUAACAUAAUUACAUGACAGUUAUUGUAAUCAGUUUUGUUAUCGCGUUAGAAUUUACUACAAUUUUAUAGACAUUGCACGUGACUAACUGAGCUUAACAACAAAUGACUCUUUGUUAUUAUUAAGACUAUGUAGCUAUUAUAUGAGCUACAAAAAUGUAAAUAAAUUAUAAUUUGUAA